AUGAACAUGUAUCCAUAUUUCAUGUUUCAGACAACGCCCCGCCUACCGGACCGGUGCCUCGAAAUCGCUACCCGCCCCUUAAGGUUGGUGGACCAUGAGCAGAGACUCAGCUUCGCGGUGAUAAUCGGUUCCUUUCGAGGGCACGGUGGAAAGGAACUCGACCAGCACUACGUUUCCCUGUCCUACCUCCACGAGCCCAAGGGAGGGCUCCUCCCAGCAGAGGAGGAAAACGAUCCCGAGGAAGAACCGACCGCCACCGAAGAUGUCGAUAUUGGCGGCGGAUGGGGGGGGGGGGAAGGGGAAUCGGCCCAAGCGCGAUCGUCCGAGAUCGCGAAGCGCUUUUCGAAGUGGAUACGCGCCCAGCGGUUGGCCGUGCUGCGAGAAUUCGGCGCAGAAGAGGAGGAAAGUGACGGCGGGUUGGAAGACCCGGGCGCGUUGACGAAGGGGGAGAGUGGUGCUGGAGCGGUGCAGGGGGAAGACCAAUCACCAGAAACAGGGGAGAACAGCGCUGAACCUACGACUGGUACGGAUGGCGACGACGGUGCCACCGCUGGUCGAGAGGAGAGAGAAGAACCCUUCGACGACACGUUGCCGGAGGAGGAGAGUGAGGGGCAGGGGCAGGGGGACGAAGAGGUUGGGGAGGCUGAGACGACACCGGAGACCGAGACGGCACCAGAUAGGGAACAGGACAUCGCAGACCAGGGGAACGACGAGGACGAAGCCGAGAGCGACGGAUUAGAAAGUAGAGAUUGGCUGGAGGGGGAUGGGGGCGGCGAGCUCAUGAACGCCGUGCGAAAGCGGCAGGCAGGGAGGUCCCCACUUUUGCGGGCGUCAGAUAGAGAGGCCACGGCGGCGAGAGACGUCGGGAUGGUAGAGACGGGCAGAACCGCCGUCGACGCCAUCGACCCAGGGCCUGCCGCAAAUGAAGGUCCAACGGAUAGUGCUCCUGAAGCCGAAGAUUCAGGAGUCGGAGCUGACGAGCCCGUCGUGCAGCGGUCGUCCCCGUCGCAAGAACUGCCUUCGAAGCUUUCGGGUGGCGGCGGCAGCGGCGGCGCUUCGUUGAAACAUGUGACGCCCCACGACGAGGCUACCGAGCGCACCCAUACGUUUCACGCCUUCCCCCCUGCCGACACGGUGACUAUCUUAUGCCGAGGAGAGCCGGUCAAUGGGGUGCCAAACCUGCGGGACGAUCCCAGUUUUACGUGGGAGGCGGACGGAAUCGGGUCGUUUGCCGUUGAUGGGGACAAAGGCCGACUGUCCUUCCAGCUGCCAGAGCUGAGUGUAGCGGCCAGCUUCCGGUAUCGACAGCCUUGGUCAGAAGAGCGGCCGAACUCCGCCGGGCCAGAAGGCUGGCUUCAGAGGACAGGGCUCCUACCGCUGCACUACUUUGUGCAAUCCAUGGGAAGCGAGGCAGGGUACAGCCUGAAGGCGACAGGUGCGCCUAGAGCGGUGGUGGGGCGAGGAAGCAUACACAUGGAGGCCAAUUACGGGGAGUCUUUCCCGACGGGAUGGGUCUGGGCGCAGGGUUGCAGCGCAACGAAGGGUCUUUGCGGCAACGUCUUCCGUGACGGAGAGCUGACAAACCCCGACGGAGGGUCCGCACAAGAAGCGUCCGCCGGGAGACGCGCAGCUGGGGGCAAAGCCGACGGCCUCGGGGGUUCCAAAAAGGAUUCGGCAACGCCGCGGUUCGUGCUAACGGGAGGACGCUUCGUGAUCGGGCCGAUAACGACCACCAGCUUCGUUUUGGCGUUUCGAUCGGAGCGACAUAACUGGAACUUCCGAACGACGGAUCUUGAUCGCAUCGUGGUGACAGCAAGUCGAAAAGAUCAUCGGUUAACUCUGGUCGCCAAGUCGUGGGGGGACAACCGUGUCCUCAAAGCGGACAUUCGCGCACCGGAGGGCUCUUUCGGCUCUGCCAUCUACGUGCCGACGCCCGAAGGUUUUUCCAACGCCCCGGGUUGUGUCGAGUCAUACGCGGCUACAGCCAGGUUUCGACUCUACACGAAAGGGGAUAAGUUGGAAGGGGACGGGGUGACUCGGCCGCUGGUGCUGCGGGAAGAGGUCGAGUUUAAGUUGGCAGCUUUGGAGUUCGGCGGAGAGUACCAAGACACAUGACCAUGUUGCAGCCCCUUUUAUCGGCACUUUCGUCGUGCCUGUUGGCAACGCGCCGAAUGCGUUACGCCGUAUGCUCUAUUGCACGUCGCUUUUUGUACCGAUACUUGCCAGUGAUUGAUGUGGCCUGUCGGCCUCUUCCAAGCACACGUCGGUAGCUACGUUAGGUUGGAGGUGCGAGGUGGACUGUUGGGCAAAUACGUUUGUCAGUCGUUGGUUUGUUGCUUGUUGUGGGAUGCAUGAAUCACCUGCAUAGUUAUAGACUAUUUGUUGCUGUUGGUGCCGGGAAAAUAUCCUCAAGACACGGUCUCCUGUUUCUUUUAGUAUGUCUUGUGUGUGGUGCCACGGUCUUCUGUGCCUGAUGUUGCCCCAGAGGAAUCACGCGACGGAAUAUCUUAGGUCACCGGGCAGGACAUCACGCUUGCUUACAAAACUUGUAUUAUUGUGGCGUUUCAACGAAGGAGCUCAUCAUCGGGGUGUAACUCAGCGUCCGAAAGGGUGGGAAAGGCAAGACUGACACUAGAACA